AUGACUACUACCCCGUGCCACGGUGGCUCGGAUGGCUCGAACUCUCAUACGGUGCCCGUCGCCACACCAGCAGCUACUCAGGCCCGUCGCUCUCCGAUGAUGAGGAAAUACAUUGCUCACAGCCUGGUUGAGGCCGUAGUGGAUCUACACUCGAAAGGGAUCGUUCACGGCGAUCUGCAUGCCGGGAAUGUCGGCCUAGCUAUCCCCGCGCUUACUGACAGACACGACAAAGAGUACAUCCGUGUCUGCCCCGAUGUCACCGUGGUCCUUCCAGUUCAGCCUGCCCAUGCUGCAUUAUCUGCCCACUUCCCUCCGUACAUCACUCAUGGCUGGAACUUCUAUAACUAUAUUCAAGCAAUUGGAGGCAAGCAGGUGUCACCGGUAGUCAAAAUCUUCGACUUCGGAUCAGCGCAUCUUACCAAUAAGCCGCAUCCUAAUUCGGGCUUCAUGUACCAGAUCGUCCCCCCCGAGUGUUAUAUCAAGGGUCCGGGCGCGCUUGAAACGCCGAAUAUUGCAAGUGACAUUUGGGCGCUUGGUCUGAUGGCACCGACUGACCGGGCUCUGCCGAGACGCGUCGUGAUGCCAUCAGACUGA